UAUUAUCGAGUCGCUUCUGGCACGCCCUACAACUUCCUCCAUUGUCCUUCCUUUCCGGGGUCCUCUGCGAGGAGAAGGAUGGCUCAGAACAAUUAUUUUGGAUUUACUCACGGCGGAACGCAAUAUGGGGCUACUAGCGCUGCCGCUUAUCAGACCGGGCAACCGGGAUAUGCGGUAACCCCGGCGGCGACCGCGGCGACUUACACUCAACGACCCGCUGCCGCUGCCGCGACCGGCUACGAGACUUACCAGGCAGCUGCCGCUGCGGCCGCAACCGGAACAACGUAUGCAGCUGCAAACCCUGGUACUGUAGCUCAAACAUACGAUUACGGUUACGGUAGAGCUGCACCUGCAGCCACAUACGACGCAACCAAAACCUACUAUCAACAACCAGCUGCUGCUGCAGCAACUUAUACUACUACUGAAACACAUUACCAAGCUGCAAAGCCUGCUUACAGUACGACUAGUGCUUAUACUGGCACUGCCAGACAAGCCACCACCACUGGACAAGCUAAAACUUAUCAAGCAUCUAGUACAGCUUACCAACAAUCGAAUCCUACACAGAGCGCUACUUAUUCUUCAGGAUACACAGCUCCAGCUACACCUGCUGCUACGCCAUCAACUGCGACAAAUAAAACGGCGAGUACAACGUAUUCCGGCUACGACGCAGCGCUAUAUAGCGCUGCGACUAUGUAUGUAGCCCAACAGAGUGCAAACAGCAAUUCCACUAACCAGAAGACUGGAGGUUGGCAGGGCUACGGACGAAAGGGAUUCGGAGCUGGCGGGGGAGGAAUGAAAGCAAUGCGGCCCAAGCAGCCUCCCAAACCUCAGCAACUACACUAUUGCGAUGUCUGUAAGAUCAGCUGUGCCGGACCGCAAACCUAUCGUGAGCAUCUGGAGGGUCAGAAGCAUAAGAAGAAGGAGGCCUCCUUAAAGGUGCCGCAACAGCCCCCCGCACGUGGAGCAGGCAACAGCCUACGUUGUGAACUCUGUGAUGUAACCUGUACUGGAAAUGACGCCUAUGCCGCUCACAUCCGAGGUGCUAAGCAUCAAAAAGUGGUGAAACUGCAUACUAAGCUCGGAAAGCCUAUCCCAAGUGCGGAUCCUACUGUUUUGAAUCCUAAACCGGCCGCAACCACCAAGGCCACCACGACCAAGAAGCCAACGAUAACAGCGACUCCCAAAAUCAAUUUCGUUGCUUCUGGAAAUUUGGGUACGGUGAAUCAGAAUCAAACUGUCGAAGUAAAGCAGGAAGAGCCAGUCACUGAAGAAGCUGUGGAAGAAGCUGCGGGCGAUGAGAAGGAUAUCCAGCCGGUCGGUCAAGAGUACAUUGAAGAGAACAAAUCCGAAGAUGGAAAGAUUAUAAGUUUCAAUUGUAAACUAUGCGAGUGCCGCUUCAACGAUCCCAAUGCCAAAGACAUGCACAUGAAGGGUCGUCGUCAUAGAUUCGCCUAAAAGAAGGUCAAUCCCGAUUUGGUUGUUGACAUGAAACCUAGUCUCAAACAACGCAAGAUGCUCGAAGAAAAAUUACGUAGGCAACAAAUGCGCGACGAAUAUCUACGUCGCAGAGAAGAGAUUAACCAGCUGGGACCUAUGGGACCUAUAAUGGAUGAGGAAAUGAUGUAUUGGGAAGAAAGGCGUCGUUACGAGGAAGAAUGCGAAUAUUACGAGUGGUAUCGACGAUAUGGACGCGGUCCAGGUGCACCACCCAUGCCACGACCUUUCCCAGGACCACCGCCCAUGAUGAUGUUCCCUGGUCCACAGAGACGACCAGAUUCGUCGGAUGAUAAGCACGUAUUAGCACAUCAUACGACCAUUUAUCCCAAGGAACAAGAAUUAUUGGCAGUCCAGAAAAUUGUUUCUCACACAGAGAAAGCGUUGAAGUUUGUGUCAGAUGCUUUAGCCGAGGCUGGCAAGAAGAAUACUCCUGUAAAUGCUAAUGCUGCCGUAGCAACACCGGCUGUGGCUGGUACACCACAAGCAAAUGCGGACGCGUUAAAGAAGGAUGAAGCCGACAAAAAGAAGGCGGUCACACCGCAGAAAGAAGAUGGCAGCGACGGAAAUCUCUUUUCAUUUCAAAAGGAGAAGGAAGAUUCUAGGAUACUUCGUGGCGUUAUGCGGGUCGGCAACUUGGCCAAAGGUUUAUUGCUAUCUGGGGAUAAUCAUGUAUGCCUCGUUGUAUUAUGCGCUGAAAAACCAACAAGGACGUUGCUCAACAAGGUCGCUGAAAUUUUACCUGGUGAACUGAAAAAUGUAGCUCCUGAGGAAACAUAUAAUGUCGGCAAGCAUCCGGAAUCCGCGGCUUUGACUGUCUCAGGUGGUACAGUUACCGUCAGCGUGACGCUUACCAGUCCUCUAAUGCGUGAGACACCCAAGUCGACCGCAACAGCAGAUAAUGCUGGACAACAGCAGCAGGAAGCUGCUCAACUGCAAACUUCGCCCGCGGCCCCCACCGUGACGAAACCAGAUCCGCCAGAUGUACUUCCCAAGGCUAAAUGUUUGGACGCUUUAGCUGCACUCAGGCAUGCCAAAUGGUUCCAGGCUAGAGCAACUUCACUGCAGAGCUGCGUUAUGGUUAUCCGUAUAAUGCGCGACCUUUGCAAUCGUGUGCCAACGUGGGGUCCGUUAAAUCCUUGGGCAUUGGAGUUACUGACAGAGAAAGUAAUAAGUACUGCAGGUGGCCCUCUAAGUCCGGGUGAAGCUUUGAGAAGACUUUUGGAAUGUGUAGCAGGAGGAAUAUUGCUACCAAGCAGUCCAGGUUUAUCCGAUCCGUGCGAGAAGGAGCCGGUAGACGCGAUAGGAAAUAUGACGUCUCAACAGAGAGAAGAUAUUACCGCGUCCGCGCAACACGCGUUGCGAUUAGUGGCGUUCCGUCAGAUUCACAAAGUCUUAGGUAUGGAGCAACUGCCUCCUCCGAAAUUCAAGGGACGAUUUGCCAGAAAACGAAGACGUGAUAACAGCAACGGAGAGGGCACCGAUAGCGAAGCUUCGAAAAAGGACAAGAAAGCGGAAGAGAUCAAAAUGGAAACAGACUCGAAAUAGAUCUACCAAAAGAUUCGUCUUUUACGAAUUAUAUUAACUUAUCGAACGUAAGAGAAGUAAAAGUUUUUUUUUUGCCGUAUCAACUGCUUAUUUAGGAAAAUAAAUAUCCUCGGACCUUCGGGAUAAUUCGAAAAUUAGGUGAUAUUCGUCCUAGGUUAAACCCCGAACAUAUAAUCCGAGAACGAAUAAUAUUAUAAUGAACGAUGCGCUUAUUAAGUUGCAAUAGGGGCGCUCUUCGUCUUAUCGCGUCCCUAUUGAAAAUUAUUUAAUUGCAAUGAUAUGUUCCUGAGUCAGAUUGUUAUAAUAUGAUCAUUAUUAAUAUAAUAUUAUCAAAAACGAGAAAUUUCGCGUGAGCUUUGUUUCUUGCAAGUUUCAGUAAUUAAUAUGUCUGAUCCGUGCGAGCUGAUAGACAGGAAUUAAAAAUAUGUAAUAUGCGCAUCUCAAAAUAAAGAUAGGCAAUUAUAAAGUCAAGUUUGAAAUUACGCGUAGAUCGAAUUUGUGUGUAUGUGUGUGUAGUCAUUACAGACUUGUAGAAAGUAUACCCGUUUUCUCUCUCUCUUUUCUCUCACUUCUGCACAAAGUGACAACUAUUUAGGGUGUACGCUAUUACGUGCAUGAUUCACGUAAAUGACGAGAUAUUUAUAAGUCGAAUGCUUCGAAAAUGUUCGAUGUGGGACAAGUGCACGUGUUUUUUAACAAAUUGCCUUCUGUAGAUUAACUUUAUUUGCAGAAAGUCAAGCGACGGUGAAAACUUGUAAACUUUUCAAUCUUCGAACAUUGCCCAUUAAGUGAGUUCUUACUUGUGUAGAAUUUUUUUCAGUUCUGUAUUUCGAAUCAUUGAAUAAAAUAAUACAUGUACGCCGCAA